AGCCAUUUAGGCUAAAGGCCCUCGCUCGUCAAGGCGGUUAGCACUGGCGGAGCGUGCGGCCACGCGUAUGUCUCACCGCAGCGCGCGGUGCGCCCCAGACCGCCCCCCGUCGGCGCACGACCGCUGGUUGUUGGACGAUGCGGUUCGCUCCAUCAAGACGUCGUUCCGCAACCUAGACCGCAGCAAGGCCAAACUGGAUGUGAGCAUGGCCCGGGCCCGGACGCACCUCGCGACUCACCUGAUCAAAGCCAGCGCGAAGGGCCAACCUCCUGCCAGCGGGGCCCGCCCUCACGCGGGCGACGCCAUCGCGCGGGCGGCGCUGCUGUGCGGCCGUGCGGGCCACACCCGCGGGGUGGAGGACCACGGGCUGCACGCGCGCGUCCAGCGGUGCGGCGGACCUGACGGCACCGCUGGCUGGGGCCGCCGCGUAGGCCUGGCCAGCCCAGUGGCUGCCGGGCCAGAUGGCGGUCGGGACCAAAGCGACGGCACGGAGAGCUGCUGCAGUAGCUCGAGCAGCUGCAGCGGGGGCUCCUCGGAGGACGCGGCUGCUAUCCUGGCGGCGCUCCACGCCGCCGCCGAGGCGCCCGCCCCCGCGGGGCCGCCGCACGAGCAGCAGCCGCCGCGGGCGUUGAAGCGAGGAAACACCUCGGGGGCCUCGACCAGCCGGGGGCUGACAGCCCAGGGGAGCGACGCGGGUACCGCAGGCGUUGCGCGUUCUGGGUCGCAGACCGCCUGGCGACCUUCAUUUCAACCCGUUGUGCCAAGACUGAGCGUCGCCGAGGCGGUGGGCGGCGCUCAGAGGCCUACGACUCCCACGCCCCGCUUCGAGGUGUGCCAGAGGCCGAACCGCCCCUUCAGCGCGGCGCGCGUGCGUGCCUUCCAGGAGGCCGGCGGCGGUCACACGGGACCCGCGGCGGAGGGCGCCAAGGCUCGCCCGCGGAGCGCCAUGCUGGCGCGCCAGUGGACCCGAGCCGUGCACGGGGUGGUGCCGGAGACCGCGUUGCCUGGCACAGCGUCCCACGGCGUCGUGCCGCCGCCCACGGCCGGCGUCGCGCGCGGCGCAGGGACCUCUGCCGACGUGCGCCCAGCCCUGGCAGAGGCAGAUCGGCCGCCGCGGCCCCGCAGCGCCUUCGCCCCGAUCCAGCGGCGGCAGCCGCAGGGUGCCCAGCGCUGCCGGCCGCCGGUGGCGCCAUGUGGCGAGCCGCAGGCCCGGUGGCUGUCCCUGGAGCAGCCAGGCGCGGCCGCCGAGGGCGGGCCCCGGACGGCGCGGAGGCGGAGCACCGGAGCGUGAGAGCGUGCUAUGUACCAUGGUCUCCCCCUAUCGUUCCCCCUCCUCGCUGGUAGGGCGGCAGCGAAGACCUUGCACUCUUGAGUCAGGGCUGUCCGUCCCUCGAUAAUUCUGGUGAUGGGGCUGUGGCGAGAAGUGGUCUGUGCCCGAAUCGCGGUCGAAGCUGUACAGGUGCCGCUUUUGCAACUCUGCACGGCCACGCGAAGCGCGCCAGGGAACUUGUUCUGGCAGCGGCGUGGACAUGAAUCCUUGAUCCGCAGACGCGUACUUGACACUGCACUGCAAGUGGCGUCAUCCUCUCUUCUUCUCCCCCUCCUGAACGCCGAUCUCUAUAGGCCGUGGUACCCCGGGGGGCGAAGCUUUGCCUCCUGCAGGCGGCGUCUGCCGCCUGGAGCGGCGAUCUUGACG